GGAAAGGCCGCGGAUUGCAGGAGGGACGCCGGGAGGGGGCUGUGCCUCCGCGCUGCCCUCCUGAGGUCCCGUGUUGCAUCCAGAACGCGGGACGGGUCUGCAGGAGCCCGCGAGGAGCCCGCGAGGAUGCUCAGGGGUCGGAGCAGCUCUGCUACGGGGAAGGGCUGAGAGCUGGGAGCGCCCGGCCUGUGCUCCGAGGGGAUUUCCUGCAGCCUUCAUCACAGUGCUGCCCGGAGCCGGGCUGCGCCAUCCCUGUGGUGCCCGGGUGGGUGCCUGGCUGAGUGCUGGGCAGCCCUGCCUGCAGCAGGGGAUGGGAACUGGCUGACCUUUGAGGUCUCUUUCAACCCAGCCAUCUUAGGAUUGCUGAACUGCUUGGUUUUUAUCUCCUGAAUGUGUGGGGAUGUUGAUCUAACUAUAACUCUAAAUUAUUUUGAAGCCCUGCUAAAUAGGAACUGAGGAACUGGUCUGACUGGGUUGGGUCGGUGCUCCUGACCCUGCCCAGACCCUGCAGUCAGGUGAUGCUCAUCCAGCACGGCAGGUAACACUGAUCCAGCAGCUCUGCUGCGUGCUUGUCAAACGUGACACUUGAUUUACCCUGCAAAAAGCCCUCAGAACCUCUCCAGCAGAGAUUAACUUAGAAAAACGUAACGAACCGAAGCUCCUUUCAGCUUUGAGGACAUGUGAAGAUGUUUCUGUUGUUACUGCUUUGCUGGAUGGCCACGUGUGGCUGAGGAAACCAAGCGUCACCAGGAGCCUCCUGUGUCCUAGAAGGAAAAGCUUCUGCUUGUUCUGGCUGGCACUGUCCUCUCCUGGUUGCACAUGGGAACUCUUCUGCCUGCACACAGAUUUGCAUUACACUGAACUGCUCUUUACUCUGAUGUUCACCUGACAGAAUUUCUCUUGCAGUGGGAAUUGGAGAAGCAGCAAAUUUUGCUGCCUAUGCCUUUGCCCCUGCAACGCUGGUAACUCCACUGGGUGCUCUGAGUGUCCUCGUUAGUGCGGUUCUGUCUUCCACCUUCCUGAAUGAGCAGCUGAAUGUUCAUGGCAAGAUUGGCUGUGUCCUAAGCAUCCUGGGCUCCACAGUGAUGGUAAUCCACGCUCCCCAGGAAGAAGAGGUUUCCAGCCUGGAGUCAAUGGCAGAGAAGCUGAAAGAUCCAGGAUUCAUUGUGUUUGCUGUGUGUGUGCUGGUGAGCUCCCUCCUGCUCAUCUUUGUGGCUGGACCCCGUUACGGACGGAGCAACGUCUUGGUUUAUGUUUUGGUCUGCUCUGCCAUCGGCUCACUUUCUGUAUCGUGCGUCAAGGGCUUGGGGAUUGCCCUGAAAGAACUGUUUGCUGGGAAGCCAGUCCUGAAAGAACCGCUGGGCUGGGUGCUUCUGGUGUGCCUGGUGAUCUGCAUCAGCGUGCAGAUCAACUACCUGAACAAAGCCCUGGAUAUCUUCAACACAUCCGUGGUCACUCCCAUUUACUAUGUGCUGUUCACCACCUCAGUCAUGACAUGUUCUGCCAUCCUCUUCAAGGAGUGGCAACACAUGGUGCUAGACAACAUCAUUGGCACCAUCAGCGGCUUCCUCACCAUCGUGUCCGGCAUCUUCCUCCUUCACGCCUUCAGGGACGUGCCCUUCAGCCCAGACCUCCUGCCCCUCUUCCUGCAGCAAGGCAGGGCAGACCUGCGCACGGCCUGGAGGGGCGCAGACAGACAUCAGUCAUGUCAGCACCAGCCUCUUCUGCCCUCGGAGGACAAAAGCUCUCAGAGCGCAGAAGAGGAGGAAGGUGAAAGCGUAUGAGGAAGUUUCUGAAGUGCUGUCAGCUCCAACCAGCGAGCAGCUCCUCCGUGCAAGGUUGAACUUGCUGCACUGGAUGCUGCUAGGUACUUCUGUGUGUGCAGAGCUAGCAGUUGCCUUCUGCCUGCCUUGGGUGUGUGAUCAGUGUGACCUCCCACUGUCUGGGAGCUGGCAGGGACUGCAGCCUCCUUCAUUGUUACAGACAUGAGUGCUGAGAAGAGCCCUGCUGCCAGGACCCAGUGCCUCCUCAGCUUUUCUUUUAUGAGGGAUUGAUCUGCCCUUGAUCUGCUUGGUUGCACAGAGGCCUGCAGCACUAACACAGUGCUAACCCUUACUGAAGACAAAGACUGGGGAAGCCUCCGAGCAUUUUUUUUUAAGAAUACUUAAGAUUAUUUUGUCACUGUUAAUCUUCUAACGUGGUGCUGAUAUGAUGUGGAUAGAAGACAAGAGCCUGGCCUUAAGGAUGACAUACCCAGAGUAGUACUUCAAAAAUUCUUCUGUAAACUGCUUGUUCGGCUCACUGUUAGAAUUUAUUUACAGGUUCACAUCCAAGAGAAGAAUACAGCCAAGACUGGAGAACUUCAGUGGUGCUGCCAUGUGAUACUCUGGCUCUUACAGAGGGGAUCAUGCAGCAUCUGUUGUGCAGGCUGAUGAUGCACCUGCACACAGCAUUAAAGCCAGCAGUGUUCAGUUACCAAGAAGCUGGAGAUGCGUUUGUACCGAGAGCUGGGCCAGCACAGAGGGGCAUGAAGGGGUAGGAAGAAUGAUGCGGGUGCCAGAGAGAAGCUCAGGGCAGAGAUGGAAGGGAGAAUGGCUCACAGUGGGGACAGGAGGGACCUAACAGUCUUUAGCUAUUGAGGUAAGCUUUGGAAAGAGGGGCAGAUAGCUGUAUCCUUGUGGACUAGUAUAUGCAUAGCUCUAUUUAACUCAUUCUGAAUCACUCCUAGGAAGGCUGCUGGCUACAAGACACCCAUUAGAUGCUCCACACACCCCAUCUAGCCACCCAGAUCAAACUGUCAUGCACAGAACCACUUUAUAAGGUUUCUCUGUGAGAGCUCCAAGCCGCAUAUUAGUAACAUGGGUCACUCCAUGCUUCCCAGAGCCAGGCUGUCUGCAAACAGUGCUGAAAUGCUACACUGCGUUUCAGAAGGUGAGUUGGUAGGUGCUGGUUGUUUUUCCAGUUAGAAGCUCUGUGUAAUUUCCUAGGGGCAAAAGUCCAGAAGACACAGCCACAGGCUUUCCUCCAGUAAUCCCCACAAAUAAAGGUGCAGGUAGUUACAAAGCAGCUGGCUGUACUUUUCCUGUACUUAGGCUCUCUGUAGAAACUACGCAAGGAAGCAGGUUCUGUUAACUCUUAGGGGAGGAAGGGGAAAGGCCACAAACGUGAGCUUUGAUUCAUGGGACCAAAUAUGUUGAGCAACAAAUCAGAAUUCACAGCAGGUUGCCUACCCAGAAGACAAUUACUCCCCCUCUCGUCUAAUUUUGCAAAUAAAUAGAAUCACUGGGAAAGAGAAGGAAUUACAA